AUGAACAAAUUAAUAAAAGAAAUCAGCAGCUCUGCUGUUCUUUUUUAUGUAUCUAAAUAUUUCACGAAAGCGUUGCAGCAAAUCAUUAAUCUACUAAAUAACGACAUAAAACAUGAAAACGAUAUUCGAGAAAAUAAACUUUUGGAUUGUUUUCAUCGAGAUAAUGACUCUUGUCGUCAAGCGAAUGAAGCUUGA